GGAAUUCUCAAUAGGGGGGGGGGGGGGGGGGGGGUUCUUCUUGGUUUCAUCAGAUUGAAUUGAAGAACCUAAUCGAAGUUUACUGGGACAAUCCUCUUGCUUCUUCUGGAUUCUGAUCAAUAAAAUGCUCAGCAUGGAGAUGGAACAAAUGAAAGAGAUUGAGGGAGUUGAGGGAGAGGACCUGGAAAGGACAAGAGAGGAAUCACAGGAUCAUGUGGGGAGAAUUGCUCCAUGGACUAAACAGAUAACAAUCAGAGGACUCAUUGCCAGCUUAGUUAUUGGUAUCAUGUACAGUGUGGUGGUGACGAAAUUGAAUCUCACAACUGGGUUAGUCCCCAAUCUCAAUGUCUCUGCUGCUUUAUUGGCCUUUGUUUUCAUCCGGACAUGGACUAAUCUGGUCCAAAAAGCUGGGUUUGUAACGUCUCCAUUCACUCCACAAGAGAAUACCAUCAUUCAGACUUGUGCUGUGGCUUGUUAUAGCAUUGCCGUUGGAGGAGGAUUUGGGUCUUAUCUGUUGGGUUUAAACAUGAAGACAUAUGUGCAAGUAGGGGUCGAUACAGAAGGGAAUAAUCCUUGGAACACCAAAGAACCUGGGAUUGGUUGGAUGACCGGAUUCCUAUUCGUGACUAGUUUUGUGGGGUUGCUGGCAUUAGUUCCUCUUCGAAAGAUCAUGAUAAUUGACUACAAGUUGACUUAUCCGAGCGGAACUGCCACUGCAGUUCUUAUUAAUGGCUUCCAUACUCCCAAAGGAGACAAAAUGGCUAGGAAGCAGGUCUUUGGAUUCGUGAGAUCCUUUUCUUUUAGUUUUCUUUGGGCUUUCUUUCAGUGGUUCUAUUCCGGUGGAGAUCAAUGUGGGUUUUCUCAAUUUCCUACAUUUGGUUUAAAAGCUUGGAAAAAUACGUUUUUCUUUGAUUUUAGUAUGACAUAUGUCGGAGCCGGAAUGAUCUGUUCUCAUCUUGUGAAUUUAUCCUUGCUUCUUGGUGCUGUGCUCUCCUGGGGAAUAAUGUGGCCACUGAUUCACAGGCAUAAGGGAGAAUGGUUCCCAACAAAUCUUUCAGAAAGUAGCAUGAAGAGUCUAACUGGAUACAAGGUUUUUGUCUCUAUUGCUCUAAUCCUAGGCGAUGGGCUCUACAAUUUUCUCAAGAUACUAUUCUUCACAGCCAAAAACAUUCGUGAAAGAGCCAGAAACAUCGAUGACAGAGUGAAGAACAACAACCUCAAAACAUCUUCACAGCGAGAUAAUCUGAAUACGGCAGUUGUUGAUCUGCAGCGCAAUGAAUUAUUCGCUAGAGAGAGCAUUCCAUUGUGGGUAGCGUGUGCAGGGUACAUGAUCUUCUCCGUCAUCUCCAUUAUUGUGAUCCCUUUUAUGUUCCCUGCAUUGAAAUGGUACUUCGUCCUCGUUGCAUACAUUUUUGCGCCUUCUCUUUGCUUCUGCAAUGCUUAUGGCGCUGGUCUAACGGACAUGAACAUGGCCUAUAAUUAUGGAAAAGUGGCCCUCUUUGUGCUUGCUGCAAUAUCUGGAAAAGAGAAUGGAGUGGUUGCAGGACUUGUGGGUUGUGGUCUAAUUAAAUCGAUGGUUUCAAUCUCUUCUGAUUUAAUGCAUGAUCUGAAGACUGGUCAUCUCACUCUCACUUCCCCUCGAUCAAUGAUUCUUAGCCAGGCCAUUGGGACAGCUAUAGGUUGUGUGCUUGCUCCCCUUACAUUCUUCCUCUUCUACAAGGCGUUCAAUGUGGGCGACCCAAAUGGAGAAUACAAGGCGCCAUAUGCCAUUGUCUAUAGAAACAUGGCAAUUAUUGGAGUGGAAGGCUUCUCCGUCUUGCCUCAGCAUUGCUUGCAGCUCUGCUAUGGAUUUUUCGCAUUUGCCAUGAUAGCGAACUUGGUAAGGGACAUGUCCCCUAAAAACAUUGGAAAAUGGGUUCCGCUUCCAAUGGCUAUGGCUGUGCCAUUUCUGGUUGGGGCUAGCUUUGCGAUUGAUAUGUGCGUUGGCAGCCUGAUUGUGUUUUCAUGGCACAAGAUAAACAGGAAGAAGGCUGAACUAAUGGUUCCAGCAGUGGCUUCAGGGUUGAUAUGUGGAGAUGGAUUGUGGAUACUCCCUUCGUCGAUUCUUGCUUUGACCAAGGUUCGCCCUCCGAUAUGCAUGAACUUCUUGGCCUCCAAGUAGAAGAGAGUAGAGAGAUGGAUGUAUUGAUGAAGUAGAAGUAAUUUUAAUAUACAAAAACUGCAGGCAAUCAGAAGUUGAUAGUCACAAAUGUAGACAGGUAAUCGCAUAGUGAUUAUAUGAUCACAGUUUUGCCGUCCAUUUCCCUUCGCCAACAGAGUCCAAUUACAAUAAAUAAUAGCUGCUUCUUUUUUUUUUU